UGCCGAACUGCAUUGGCCAAACGAUAAUCUAGGAAUAAUUCAUUGAUAAUAUUACAACAAUAAUAAUCAAUGAAAAUAAAUUGAAAUUCACUAUUGUGUAAGAGAUAAUGUUGAUAGCAAAUACUGAAAAUUUGGUAUAAAUAGUCGACUGGGAGUAGCUCAGCUCAUUGGAGACUUGAAAGUCAAAAGUAUUUCAACAAUGGUGUCUGCUCGCUUCGCCACCCUCUUCCUGGCCGCAGGCCUCUGUGUCAGCGGAGUCCUCUCUGCCUCCCAGGCAAAAAUCGAGGACUUCCCAAGCAUAGCCCAGAUUGAGACAGGCGUUGGACGCGCAUGGCUUCAGACCUGCGUUGGUACCAUCAUCACCAACUUCCACGUUCUCACCGCUGCUCACUGCCUCGUCGGAACUGCCCUCAUUCCCCGCAUCAGCCGUGUGAGAGUCGGUGCUGAAGAGCGUGGUCGUGAUGGAGAAAUUUUCGCUGUCCAGAGCAUCAUCAGACACCCCGACUACAGCUUCAGAAGCUUCGACAACAAUGUCGGCAUCCUCCGCCUCCGUUCUUCUCUGACCUUCGACACCAACAUCCAAAUGGCUAGCAUCACUGCUGCCGGUCUUGUAUUCCCUGCUAAUGUUCCCGUUGUCCUGGCUAGCUGGGGACGUACCGCUCAAGAUGUCAUCUGGUCCGACCGUGACCUGUACAGCACCCAGCUAUACACCGUCGACCACAGCGCCUGCGUUGAAAAGUACGGCUCUCUCCUGCUCCCCAUUGAAGUGACCGACAACAUGAUCUGCGUCAGCUCCGCUGUUGCUACUGGUACUCACUUCGGAGUGAGAGACGGAGGUGCCCCCAUCUUCUACAACAAUAUCCUCGUUGGUUUCGUCUCCUUCGGCAGUCCUUACGGUGAAAACUACCCCGUGGUUGCCACCGGCGUGUCUCCAUACUCCGACUGGAUCGUCGAAAACGCUGUUUAAAUUAGAAAUAUUAUUUCUUUUUUACAAUAAAUAUUUUUGUCUUUCAAUA